AUGGAGGGUCUGUUGAGCAAAGUGCGGCAGCAUCUCGUUUCAAUGCCCCGAGUCCAGAUUCUUUCCGAUCUACACCUAGAAGUGGGGGACCAAUACUCGGCCUUCACCUUCCCCGUCUCCGCACCCUUUCUACUUCUGGGAGGUGAUAUCGGCCGCCUAAUCGAUUACGAUGCAUACCGCGGCUUCCUCCAAGCACAAGUUGUCCGCUAUAGGAGGGUAUUCUUGGUCUUAGGAAACCACGAGUUUUACGGACUGGAUUAUCCAUCUGGCCUCGAAGCCGCGCAACGUCUCUCGAAAGAGCCGACAUUGACAAACGGACUGUCUAGCCUGACUAUUCUGGGAUGUACACUCUGGUCAGCAAUCCCAGCAGAUUCGUCCAGCGUUGUCGAGGCGAAGGUCAACGACUUCAAGAAGAUUGAGCUGUGGAGCGUACAAAAGCAUAACCAGCUUCAUACCGAAGAAGUCGAUUGGCUUCGGGACCGAGUCGUACAGGUCAUGACCGACGCGGCUUCCGGGAAGAGCCGCCUUCUCAUCGCCACACAUCACGCCCCGUGUAUUGAGGGCACGUCCCGACCAGAACACACCAGCAACCCCUGGACGUCGGCAUUUGCGACCGAUCUUAUAGAUGGAAACGGAUGGGAGGGUGUCAAGGUGUGGGUGUUUGGCCACACGCAUUACUCAAGCCGGUUCGUACGGGACGGCAUCAGGGUGGUAUCGAAUCAACGGGGAUACGUUCUCCCUGGUGCCACUCGAGCAAUGGGAGGCAGCAAAUCGAAGCAUAGGCAGGAGUUUGAUGCGUCCAUGGUCAUUACUGUGUGA